AUGUCCUAAAGGAAGAAAAAAAUUGAAUCAACACCAACAAGAGUUGCUUUGGUUUGCUUGAAGACUACACAGAAUAAUAUCUAAAUCAAUAAUCAGUCUUUAUUAAAAGUAUUCUCCAAACAUGGCUCUAUAUCAAAAAUUUUAAUAUUUGAAAGAGGAUAGCUUUAAACGAAAUUGAUUCCGCUAUAGAUGCAAUCAAGUAUGGAUUCAAUCCUUUAUAGUAGAUCUCUGAACAACACUAAAAUCUUAAAUUAAAUUUCAUGCAAUGUUUAUCACUCUAGGUUGAAAUAACUUAAACUUGAUACUGUUCCUUAUACGAAAGGUCUGGACUUUACUAACCCUCCUUCUAAUACUGGCGAGUAAAUGGAGUGGAAUGAGGAAUAACAAGAAAUAGCCAGAAUCAAUUAAUGGGAGGACUUCUAAUUUGAUAAUGAUUCAACUGAUGAGGUGUCUGAUGAAGAGGAACCCUAGUUUUCAGAAGAGAAAAUGAUUGAUAUAAUUACUAAACUCAAUUAAAUAGACGAUGAAAUUAAUAAAACAAUUGAAACUAAAAUUGUGACAGCUUUGGAUAAAUUACACUAAAAUACUAUGUGCAUUCAGGUAUUAAUCACAUAUGAUAUAUUGAAUGAUAUGAAUUUCGUAAUGAAAAUAUUUUGUCUCUUUGGAUAAAUUAAAUAUCUAAAAUAAAGCUAAGUUUAUAUUUAUAUCAAAUACGGAUCCAAUCAGUAAUGCUAAAAAGCAUUUACAUUUUUAAAAGAUUAUUUAGAAAUAAAACUUUAAUAUAAUUUUGAAAAUGCCAAUGGUAAAUUAAUUCAACCCAAUAAUAUUAUUGAUUAAAAUUUAUAGGAGACAUUAGAUGAUUAAUUGGCUAUCUAAGAACUUUUCUAGUCAUAUAAAAUUAUUAAAUAGCAGAACAAUAGCUUAAUCUAGAUAAAACAAUGA